AUGCCCACCGCGAUCAAGUCAACGAGCAACACCACGCCGGUCUUCUUCUUCAGCCAUGGAAGUACCAUGAUGCUCGGAGAGCAGAGCACGCCGGCAACAUAUUGGGAACAGAUGGGUCGUGAGGCCAUGCGACGCGGUAUCAAGCGUGUCAUCAUGAUGGGCGCUCAUUGGGAAUCACCCACCGACGAGAUCUUGGUGGCAGCCAAUCCUACCAACCCCAAGAAGCAGCCGGUAGCGUGGGUCGAGCCCGCUCGUUACGUCGACUACAAGAUCAACAGCUCCCCUAAGCUGGCCAACGAAGUCGUUUCCCGCUUGCAACAGAACGGUAUCAAAGCCAAAACCGAUCCCGAACUCGAAUGGAUCCACGACACUUUCAUCAUCCUCUGCUGGAUGUUCCCCGCCACCACCGAGCACCCUCAGGGUCAGUGUCCCGAAGUGACCGUCAUCUCGGGUCUUUCGGUGUACAACGCUCCUCUGCUAGUCGACGUCGGCAAGGCCCUUCGAUCGUUCCGCGACGAAGACACGCUCAUCAUCGGUACAGGUGGCACCGUCCACAACCUAUACCGAAACAACUGGAAACAAAUCACCAUGUUCCGCGACAACUUUGCCCAGCCCCUACCACCCGCCAAAUGGGCGCUUGACUUUAGGACCGAGGUCGAGGAUGCCAUCGUCAACAACUCUGGACCCGCUCUUGUCAAAGCAGUGCUGAGACUGAUGCGACAUCCGCUCUACAGAGACGCCCAUGCGACCGACGAUCACUACGCUCCGUUGCUGUUCGUAGCGGGCGCUGCCGGAUCGCUGAAGGACAAGGGAAAGAAGAACCAAAUCACCGCAGAAUGCUGGGAGCUCCAGAACAUGUGCAACUCUCGUAAGUACCUUCCCAGCCUCGUUGAGGCAGGUAUGGUUGUAGAAUGA